AUCAGGGAUACAUUUCCAGGGCCCGCAGGGCUCCUGAGAACGACUAGUUCCUGACUAGCGUUUGGCAAGUACCACGGUCUCUUGAAAAAUAACAGAGCAGCCAGGCUUUACCAGGCCUUACCAGACAAUACACCAAUACACUGGAACUACCGCCAGACGCACAGGGCCAGCACACGGGCGGGCGUACCCAGCAAGUACUCGAUUUGCCUCCUUCCCACAGAAAACCUGCCGUCGCGCUUCUCAACUUCCUACUUUUACAUCCUCAUCCCUUUUUACACCUAAACACAUCCCUCUCUUUUCUUGUGUGCUCAUAGAGUUCUUAGAAUCGGGAGUUUUUGCAUUUUCGUUCUUCUCUCCCAAAUACCCGUUGUUUUGCCACUUGACUUUUUUCUUCUAUCAAGCGGAAGGAAAAAAAAUCGAGGGACCCUGACAACUUACCUUCUUACGUCUCUCUCUUGUCCUUGAAGGUCCUUUCUCACACGCUCUCUUUAAACACGUCAAAAUCGCAAUCAUGGCCGACGGACUGCAGAUGGGCAACUUGUCCCUCCAGGACUCCCAGCAUGCCCCCCAGGGUGGCCCCCCUGGCCGUGCUGCCUAUAUCCCUCCUCACCUCCGCGGACGCCCGGGUGCUAGCAUGGACAGUGCUCCCCCUCCUGGCCCCGCUGGCCCUGGUGCUGGCCCCGGUGCUGGCUUCUCAGGCUCUCGGGAUGCUCGUGGCGGUAACUGGGCUAACGCCAACGCCCCCAACUUCAGCCCUCGUGGCCCUGCCAACGGUCAUGCAGGCUCUUACAGCGGCGGUGGUGGUAACUUCAGCGGCGGCGGCGCUUCUGCUCGUGGCUCUGGCGAUGGCCAGUGGCGCGACGGCAAGCACAUCCCCGGCCCUGCUAACCCCCGCCUCGAGCGCGAGCUCUUCGGUCUCGGUCAGGAUGACCCAUCUAAGCAGCACACCGGCAUUAACUUCGCCAACUAUGACGACAUUCCCGUUGAGGCAUCCGGCGAGGGUGUUCCCGAGCCCGUCAACACCUUCACUAACCCCCCUCUUGACGACCACCUUAUCUCCAACAUCAAGCUUGCUAGCUACGUUGUUCCUACUCCCGUUCAGAAGUACUCCAUCCCCAUUGUCAUGGGUGGCCGCGACUUGAUGGCCUGCGCUCAGACCGGUUCCGGAAAGACCGGUGGUUUCCUCUUCCCUAUCCUCUCUCAGGCUUUCCAGACUGGCCCCUCUGCCGCCCCUCAGCAGGCCGGCGGUGGUCAGUUCUAUGGCCGCCAGCGCAAGGCUUACCCCACCUCGCUCAUUCUCGCCCCCACUCGUGAGCUGGUCUCCCAGAUCUUCGAUGAGGCCCGCAAGUUCGCCUACCGCUCCUGGGUCCGCCCUUGUGUCGUGUACGGUGGUGCCGACAUCGGCUCCCAGCUGCGCCAGAUCGAGCGUGGCUGCGAUUUGCUCGUUGCUACUCCCGGUCGUCUCGUCGAUCUGAUUGAGCGUGGCCGCAUCUCCCUCAUUAACAUCAAGUACCUGGUUCUUGACGAGGCUGACCGCAUGCUGGACAUGGGUUUCGAGCCCCAAAUUCGCCGCAUCGUCGAGGGUGAGGAUAUGCCCCGUGUUGAGGACCGCCAGACCCUCAUGUUCUCGGCCACUUUCCCCCGUGACAUUCAGAUGCUGGCCCGCGACUUCCUGAAGGACUACGUCUUCCUGUCCGUCGGUCGUGUUGGUUCCACUUCCGAGAACAUUACCCAGAAGAUUGAGUACGUCGAGGACGCUGACAAGCGCUCCGUCCUCCUGGACAUUCUCCACACCCACGGCACAACUGGCCUGACCCUCAUCUUCGUCGAGACCAAGCGUAUGGCCGAUUCGCUCUCCGACUUCCUGAUCAACCAGCGCUUCCCUGCCACUGCUAUUCACGGUGACCGUACCCAGCGUGAGCGUGAGCGCGCCCUGGAGAUGUUCCGCAACGGUCGUUGCCCCAUCCUGGUCGCUACCGCCGUUGCUGCCCGUGGUCUCGAUAUCCCUAACGUCACCCACGUCAUCAACUACGAUCUGCCCACCGACAUUGACGACUAUGUCCACCGUAUCGGUCGUACCGGUCGUGCCGGUAACACCGGUAUUGCCACUGCUUUCUUCAACCGUGGUAACCGUGGUGUCGUCCGUGACAUGAUCGAUCUCCUCAAGGAGGCUCACCAGGAGGUUCCUUCCUUCCUGGAGAGCAUUGCUCGUGAGGGUAGCGGCUACGGUGGCCGUGGUGGUCGUGGCGGCCGUGGUCGUGGCAGCUCUAACGCUACCCGUGAUGUUCGUCGCUUCGGCGGUGGUGGCGUGGGUGGUGGCCAGUCCUCCUUCGGCGGCAGCGGCUAUGGCGGUGCUCCCUCCUAUGGCGGCUCCGGCAGCUACGGUGGUGCUGCUCCCUCCUACGGUGGCUCUGGCGGCGGUGCUGGCUAUGGUGGCGGCUAUGGCGGCGGCGGCGGUGGUGGUAGCUACGGCAACCCCGGCGGCGCUACUGGCCCCUCUUCCUGGUGGUAAAUCAGUCGUGGUCUGGUGACGAGGCCGUCGGGUCUGAUUGGCUCCCCAUCUCUUAUUUCUUAUGUCUUUCGUUGACGGAUACGAUCAGAACACACCCUGAGUUCCUUUUUCGGCCUCGCUGUUUCUCAGGGACGGCUUUGUCAUGACUGCCACGACCUUUUUUAUGCAUGUUUUAGAUUCAUGUUUCUUUUUGCUCGCGUCUCGCUCUGAUGCUCCUUUAUCUUUUCUACUUAUCUCCUUUUUUCCUGUAUGUGCUUCAUGUUGCUUUUUCUAUUUGUCUGUCACGCACGUUUCCAAUGGCUCUCCAUCUGGCCUUGUUAGACACGGGGCGUUCGAGCAGUUCUGAUUUCCUUUUUGUUGCUCCGGGCUAUCUCUUACGACACUUGCCUUCUUCGAGCAACUCGGUGAUCGGCACUGCAUGAACAUCAUAGAAUGCGUUGUCUUUUCUGUCCGUCUCUCAUCAGAUACCCCCUUUUUUGUUCGAGCGUUCCCACAGUUCGGGAACCACGCUCGAAUGACGCGCGCGCCGAGCGGAGAGUACUACUCUCCAUGAAAAGUGCUUCUUUAUAUCUGCAUUCAUCUCUCUCGGUGUUGUUAUGGCUGCAUCGGUCGAGUUUUGCAGCAUAGACUCCUAACAGCGUCGGUAUCUUAUGGCGGACCGUUGUCUUGUGUUCCUGCCCACGUGUGUUUUCCGCGGUCGAUUCUGUUUCGAACUCCCUUCAAAAUCCGCGCUUUCGCUCUCCCUCUCUCUCCCGGCUAUCUCAGGACGAAUCAAACGAAAAGUAUUCUCUUUUUUCAAACUGCGCGCGUGCAUCGAUCGGAGGUGCAGCGUCCUUGUUUUUUUCUUCCUUCGGAAUGAUCUCACUGGGAUCUCUUAAUGUUGCUGGACCGUCGCAGAUGUCUUUGUGCAAAGGGUGGAUGGGUUAUUUUCGACAUGGCUUGUUUUCUUUGCAUUUCGUAUGGCGUUGGCUUGACUGGCUUCUCGAAGUAUGUCCUCUGGGUCCGUGGAGGCUGAUUGUUUCUCUUCAUUUUUAUGCAUAUCAUUUUUUACGGAUCCGCGGAGGAUUGGGACGCUGUCGCCGGCGCUGGACGAAUAAUUUGCUCCCAGGCAUCAUGGGUCUCUCGCAUGGUUCGAGUUUGGGAGGAGGCAGAGGGGCCUGGAAAAACAAAUUCUCGAGGCCGCGAGAAGGAAAGCCUUCUUACCUAGUUUCAAUGCUAUUUAUAAAAUGUUUUGAGUCCAUCAGGUAUUUGGAGUACGAAGUAGAUGAUCUGUUGACGUCGAUGGUGCUUUGGAGCUAAGCCCGAAAUGACAUGCUAGUCAAGUACCUAUUAUCUAACAUACAUUGCUUGAUUGCGCG